AAUUAUGAACAUGAAACAGAACUAAACUGUUUUUAGAAAUAUAUAACUUUGUUUAAAAAAGAACUCUACAUAUAUAACUGUUUAAAUGAACUUAUGUGGAAUGUGUAAAAACAAAUAAACAUGGAGCUUAACUGUUGCGUUCAUAAAAUAAUGCUUUUUAUCAAAGUAUUCUAUCUGCUGGGCAUUUUCGUCGGGGCAAAUAAAUUGGGCCAUCUUGCUAUUAAUAGCCCAUUGAUCGUAGGAGGAAACAUAGAGUUCAUAUUUGUACCUGUGUAUCAACCAUCAAGAAUAGAUGUUAAUGCUUUACAAUGGCAAGUUCAUUUCAACGCAGCAAGGUCUAUACGUGAAAUAGAAACUAAACGUGUGACGGUGUACGAGUCGGGACAGGCUGUCUUCAUGGAACUCACCAACGUGAACUCGUCCUGGCGCCAUGCCGUGGUGUACGUUAAGGACAAUGGGCACGUGUCUAAUAUUGUUCGUCUGGAGCUAUUAGGUAUCCCCGUAUUCUCGGAGGGCGACCCAUAAUGUUGUUGGAUAUCGGACAUGGUGUUUGUUUAAGGAUUCCGUGAUUUGAGCUAAACUAAAUGUGAUUAAUCUAAACCUUUAAUUGAAAGAUCAAAAGGAAUACUUCACGUGAUGUCCUAUCCAUCCCGCAUUGGUGACAUCGCGAAAGAUUGCAUUCUAUCCACCUGAAGGGUUCAAAGAAGUUAUGGAUGCCGUUCAGUGGUGGAGAUCACGAUAUGGUGGUGACGCGCAGAUCGACUCAUAUGAACAAAGAAUAGUGUUCACUUUUUUCAAAAAUGCACAUCAAGCGAAGUACUAUCUUGAAUAUAAAGACAACAGUACUAUACAAAAAACGAAUGAAAUAGAUUUAUUAACAGGUGGUCCACAACUAGAACCUACCUGUACCACUGUCGACUGUUCGGACUGCAUUUGUGUUCAUCCUGAUAAUUACAUCAGUUGUUCCACUAAUGACACGAUGUUGUCCAUAUGGAUCGGCUCUGACAAUGUUGAAAUAAAUCGAACGUCAACAUCUGAGUACACCGCUUACAAUUUUUCGAUCAGACGUCAACAUCACAUGUCCAUUGUUAGGUGCUUCGUCGUGUCUUCGAAAUACAACGCUGUAUUCAACGCAAGCGCCACCUUAUAUGUCUUGGGUCCACCUAUAGCAGCGCAUACACCAUCACGUGAUGAAACGUCCAUUCAAACAUAUAGCGUAAUAGGGACGGUUUCUGCGGUUGCGUGCUUUGCUGGAAUGGCAUUAUUCAUACUGUUUAAAAUUGCAGGGAGGAAAGAAACAAUGGUCAGGACACGGAAUACACGUUCACGAGUAGAGGAAAUCCGCAUAUCGGGUAUAGAACAAUCAGAACCCAUGGUUGACGAUCAUAGUUGCGAUCAUGAAUAUGACGAGAUUGAAGACAACCUGCAGCUAAGUGAAACAUCACACCAGAACACAAAUCCAAAAACACCAUACUACCUUACACCAAUACCUACGACGGUAGAACUGUCACCUGUAGCCACACGCUUGUCUCGAACGAUGUCUACCUCAGAAAAUUCAUCUCGAAUGGGAGCAACACAAAUAACGAAUUCUACAGGAUACGAUGAUUUGCUCAUAUCGGAGCGUGAUUCGCCUGCCAAGUACACGGCAUUGAAACAAUCUACUGCAAUAUCACAUCAGAAACAUUAUGCUAACGAGUAGUUAGUGUGCUAGUAUUCCAUAUGGACCAUCUCUGUGCAAAAGGGGUUUAAUGCAUAUACGUUAACUGUCGCCCCAGAUAAGUCUUUGCAGUGUGCACAGGCUAAUCAAGGACGACACUAUUCGCUUUUAUCAUAUUUUCCGUUUAAAGAAAGUCUCUUCUUCGCAAAAAUCUAGUUUAGGCGGAAAGUGUCGUCCCUGAUUAGCCUGUUAGAAUUGCAAAGGCUAAUCUGGGACGACACUUUACGCACAUGCAUUAAACCCCCUUGUCACAGAGCACGGCUAAUAUAUUUUACAUCUUUUUUAAUAUCUUAGAAAAGCGAACACAAUAAUUUAAAAAGUUUAAUUGUAUCAACUAUUUAAACUUUAUAUCUUACCGUGAAUAGUUCAUGAAAACAGUUAGACUCGUUAAUGUAACACCAUUCACAAAUAAAGGAGCAAUUAAAUAAAACAUUAGUACUUGUC